UGUUGUUGUGCUCGCCCUUGUCCUUCCGCCAUCGCCGCACUCGCUCCUCCCGCCCUCGCUGCCGCCAGCGUCGCUACAGCCACACGCCCAACGCAAUCCCACCUCUGCCCCCCACGGGGCGUCGCAACGCUCGAUGCGUCCGUAAUCUUUGCCUGCUGCCCACUGAAUGAGCUUGAAAGCGGACCGCUGCCAUGAAUGGGUAUCCCUACUCACAGCGGUCCUUCGCGAAUGGCGGGAACAUGAUGGACAUGUCGGGGGAUGGCCUGGAUACCUUCGACAUGAAUCAAGGCCAGUCUCUGGAUGAUAUCGUCUCGCAAAAUGAUAAAGAUCUCAGGAGAAGGAGCAUGCCCGUCGAUGUCUACCGCAGCGAUGCGCCCAUGGAUUUUGCCGAUGCAGCCAGUCCCAACUCUCGCCGCUACUCUCAGAUGAACUUUGGAGACCCCACCAACUCCAUCAUGGAGGACUUUCAUUUCGAUAUACCCACAAAUGCCGGAAUGCAGAGCAUGAUGCGCCAUGGUACAUUUCCCCAGACAUCAAACGAGAUGGCCGCCGACCGCACCCCCGGCACCGACUUGGCCAUCAACACACAAUUCCCAAACUCGACUUCUCCCUAUCCAAACAUGCCCGCUCCAGGUUCUGCCUAUGCCUCUCCUAUGCACACCGGCCUCGACAUGGACAUCACGAGUCCGUACCCAGCCAUGUCGCUUCCUCUUGACAUGCCCGAUUCUCUUCAAAUGAUGCCUACCGACAUGAACAUGUUCUCCAACUCGCAAUUUGCCAGUCCCAUGGUAGAUUCUUCCAACGCGCAGGACUUCGCCGCCCCUCCUACUGUUCCUCCCCCAACCAAUGCGCCCCUUCAGCGACCUGGCCGUUUCCGGAGUGAAUCGUCCAGUGCCACCCCCGACGGACGAUCUUUUGGUCCAACUCGCUCCAACAGUCACGAGCAAACCAGCCAACGCUCUAAUUCCCGUGCACAAAGUGAGAAGCAAGAUCCCUCUCGGGACCCCUCGCAAAUGAGUCAUGAAUCUCUCCAAAAACAACAGCCCAUUGCUCUCCCCACUGAACAACAAGUGGAAUCCGACUCUUUUCGUCAAAUCAAAUUUCCCUGGAGAACACCUCCCGGUGGUUUCCCAUCUAUGAAAGACGCCAAACCUCACAUCAAAACUGAAUACAAGAACGCAUAUUCAUCCACUGGCUUCGACAUGUUGGGCGUACUGAUGCGAGUCGCCACCAGACCCAAUCCCCAGAUUGACAUUGGCUCUGUGGAUUUGUCUUGUGCAUUCGUGGUGUGUGACUAUGAGUUGGAUGAUGUACCCAUCGUCUACUGUUCGGAGAACUUUGAACGACUCACCGGUUACAGUAAGCACAUGAUCCUUGGUAGGAAUUGUCGAUUUCUCCAGUCGCCAGAUGGUAAAGUAGAGCCUCGCAUUAAACGAAGAUAUGUCGAUGAUGACUCCGUAUAUUACCUUAAAUCUACGGUGGAGAACCGGCAAGAGGCUCAGAUCAGUCUCAUCAACUAUAGGAGAGGGGGUCAGCCUUUCAUGAAUCUUCUGACCAUGAUUCCCAUCGCAUGGGAAAGUGGGGGGCCAAUCAAAUUCAUUAUUGGCUUCCAGGUCGAUCUGGUAGAGCAACCUGGAUCAAUGACCAACAAGAACCCAGAUGGCACAUAUCGAGUCAAUUAUCAGCGAGGCUUGUCGAUGCCGAGUUACGUAUUCACUGACCAUAAAUCACAUGGGGAGCACCAUCAUGGACACACAAUAUCAAAAGAGGAGGUUUCAAAUGUAUUGUCCACUUACGGUUCCACUAGCGACUCGGAAAUUACACGGCGCAUCUGGGACAAAAUACUACUGGAGAACGCCGAUGACGUAGUACAUGUCUUGUCACUGAAAGGAUUGUUCCUCUAUCUAUCCCCAUCGAGUAGCCGGAUUCUAGAAUACGAUCCCGGGGAGCUUGUGGGGACUGCUCUAUCAUCUGUAUGCCAUCCUAGUGAUAUCGUUCCUGUCACAAGAGAGUUGAAAGAUAUGGGCAAUGGUUCUUCUGUCAACGUCGUUUUCCGUCUUCGACGGAAAAAUAGUGGAUAUAUGUGGUUUGAAGGCCAUGGUUCGCUGCAUACUGAACAAGGUAAAGGCCGAAAGUGCAUUAUACUAGUUGGAAGGGAAAGACCAGUCUACACGCUCAGCAAGUCUAUCGUGCGCGCAUCCGGAGGCGUCGGCGACAAUGAGCUGUGGACAAAGCUAUCAACGUCUGGGAUGUUCUUGUUCGUGUCAUCCAAUGUUCGCUCUCUAUUAGACAAACAGCCGGACGAUCUUGUGGGUACCAGCAUCCAGAUGUUGAUGCGCCAAGAAUCCAAGCAGAGCUUUGGGAGGAUUCUUGAACUGGCAAGAACCGGCAGAAAAGGCGAAGUGAAACACGAGUUAAUCAACAAGCGAGGCCAGGUACUCCAGGCUUUCACCACGAUUUAUCCAGGAGAUGCAACCGAAGGCCAAAAGCCAACGUUCCUUGUUGCCCAAACCCGUCUUUUGAAAUACUCUCGAAACAGUUCUGGGCUACGGCCGUCGAUGUACAACAGCAAAGACCGAUCUUCUGACGGGCUGUCAAUCACCUCCGUAGGGACAGGAGCGUCACCUUUGCAUGCGUCUCUGGCAGGUGGCUCAGCGUCAGGCCUCAAUACGUCAGACCAAAUGAAUGUCCCGCGGUUUACGUCGACCGAAUCAUCAGCUACUACGUACGCAGGACAGAAUGGUCUCCGGAUAGGGCAUCAAGACCACUCGCUGGCAUCAGAGGACAACAUAUUUGAUGAAUUGAAAACGACGAGGAGUUCGAGCUGGCAGUAUGAGUUGCGGCAGAUGGAGAAGCGAAACAGGUAUCUAGCAGAGGAAGUGCAAAGCUUGUUAGCCGCGAAGAAGAAACGGAAGCGAAGAAAGGGGGCAGGGCAUGCGCAAAAAGACUGUGCGAAUUGCCAUACAAGGACUACGCCCGAGUGGAGAAGAGGGCCGUCUGGAAACCGAGAUCUAUGUAACUCUUGUGGCUUAAGAUGGGCCAAGCAGCAAGGUCGUGUGUCUCCUAGGACCUCGUCCCAGACAAGCGACAAGAGUAAAAAGAGCGCCUCUCCGCGGCACAACCAAACCAUCCUCCCCAAUAUCAUGCAAGAGACGAUACAAGAAGACCAAGAGAAAAGCAAGCAGAUGGGCUUGGCGUCAAGACCGGCACACUCGAGCCCUCAUCACCAACAGCUCGACCACGACGCACAUUCUUCCAAAAUCGCUAGGACUGGCGCGGCUUACGACAUAAGCGCCAGCGUACCGCCUAAAAUCGAAGAGGGAACCGAACCACCAGAUUGA